AUUUGGCCACUUGGCUAGAGACGUUACACUCCUUCGCCAACCCCAGCUAUAAUAUCACAACCAACCAACCCUUCUCUUCUCUCAUUUCCCCUUCCUUUCUACAGCCAGCUUCUCCAUUAUUCACUUCCCUUUCCCCAUUUCUCUUCCCACAUCCCUCCUUCUCGGCUUCCCAAAGUUCUAAUCCAUGGCAGAAGAAGAAGCAAAGAAGGCCGAGCCCGAAUGCCCUGCUCCUCCCGCCGCCGAUCCUCCAGCGGCUGCUGCUGCUCCUCCUGCCGACGAAACUCCAAAGGACGUCGCCGAGGAGAAAUCCGUAGUUCCGGCCACUCCUCCACCGGAAGAAAAACCUGACGACUCCAAGGCCAUCGUCCCCGUCGAAAAGGUGGCAGAAGCUGCAGUGGAGGAGGCAAAGCCUGCUGAGGGUUCUAUCAAUCGAGAUUUAGUACUUGCCAAAGUUGAAGCAGAGAAGCGGACUUCGCUCAUCAGAGCUUGGGAAGAGGCCGAGAAGAGCAAAGCUGAGAACAAAGCUCAGAAGAAGAUCUCUGCAAUCGAGUCAUGGGAGAACAGCAAGAAAGCCAACAUCGAGGCAGAGCUCAGGAAGCUAGAGGAACAGCUGGAGAAGAAGAAAGCAGAGUACGGCGAGAAGAUGAAGAACAAGAUCGCCGAAAUCCACAAGCAAGCCGAGGAGAAGCGAGCCAUGACCGAAGCGAAACGAGGCGAAGAUCUGCUGAAAGCAGAGGAAGUUGCUGCAAAGUAUCGCGCCACAGGGACUACACCAAAGAACCCACUUGGCUGCGGCUGUUUCUAAACCCAAAACAAAAUUCCUUCUUCCUCCUUUUCUCUAGUACUCUGUUUGUUUUGUUGUACAUCCCUUUGGCUUCAUAUUUCACCAAAUUACAUUUCCUUACUCUGAAAUACCUUUAUUAGUUUGCUCUGUAUGUAUGGGAUUUUGGGUUUUCUUACCGUUUCAUAGAAUUGUAGGCAGCAAGAUUGAGUUUACAGUUUGUGAUUUGCAGUGUAUGUGUGUGUGAGAUUGAUUGUUGAUGUAUUAUUUGGCAUGAUUGUAGUUUUUGUGGUGUAUAUAAACAGAGCAUCUAUUCUGUAAGGACCCUGUUUCUUCUAGAUGUUUGUUUGAGAGUGUGGUUUGAUUGGUCUGAGAGUUAUGAAUGAAAGGAUGAGCUGUGAAGGGGAAACAUUGGGACAAAAUACAGGUAAGAAAGAUGAACAGCUGCCCUGACAUUCAGGACUUCAAUCAGGAAGGGGACAUAGCUUGUGUUUGGGCCCAAAGUUGGGAUAAGAUUGUCUUGUCAUAACUCAUAACAGACACUUCCCCCAUAAUGUGGACGUUUCAGGCUGAGAGAAUGUGGAGUAGGAGAUGGUAGAACUCAAAUUCAUGAGCUUGCUUGAGUGAACUUGUUGCUUCAAUCACUUUCAAUGUUCUCUCUAAUGACGUUUUCCCAAUGAUGGAAGAUCAGC